CCAUAUGAGAGCAGACAGGACGGGAGGAGGAGCUCUCAGCUAGUCGGGGCAAUUUUCACAGCUCCUGCUUUACUUGUGCGGAGGGUGAAAACCUGUCUGUGCGUGUGUGUGGGGGCCGGGUCAUGAGACUCCCGGGGUGGGUCCUCUUCAGUAAACUCGUCCCUCGUUUUCUCUCAGCAUCCUGGAGUCAGAAACACGCGUGUUUUCUCAGUCAGGCUGCAGCUAACAUGGCAGAGGAGGCGAAGAAACUGGCCGCCUACGCCGCGGUGGAUAACCACGUCCAGAACAACCAGGUGGUCGGAGUGGGCAGCGGCUCAACCAUCGUCUAUGCUGUGGACAGAUUAGCGGAGAGAGUUCGUCAGGAGAAACUUAACAUCGUGUGUGUGCCCACCUCCUUCCAGGCUCGUCAGCUGAUUCUGCAGCACGGCCUCACGCUGUCGGAUCUGGACAGGCACCCAGAGCUGGAUGUGGCGAUCGACGGGGCAGACGAAGUGGACGCAGAUCUUACGUUGAUCAAAGGUGGAGGCGGCUGCUUGACUCAGGAGAAGAUCGUCGCCGGCUGCGCCAAACAUUUCAUCGUCAUCGCCGAUUACAGGAAGGACUCCAAGGCUCUGGGCCAGCAGUGGAAGAAGGGGAUUCCCAUCGAGGUUAUCCCCAUGGCGUACGUCCCCGUCUCCAGGACGAUAGCCAAACGCUUCGGAGGAGAAGCCAACUUGCGAAUGGCCGUCAGUAAAGCAGGUCCAGUGGUCACUGACAACAGCAACUUCAUCCUGGACUGGAAGUUUGAGCACGCUCAGAACUGGAAGCAAGUCAACACUGCGAUCAAGAUGAUUCCAGGCGUUGUGGACACGGGACUCUUUGUGGGCAUGGCUGAACGGGCUUACUUUGGGAUGGAGGAUGGAAGAGUGCAGAUUCGGGAUCCUCCGAUCAACUGAGCAGCGGUUUGCCGUGAUCACCGUCUCUCACUUCCUCUCGAAUGACCUCACUUCUCCCGCAAGUGCCGUGUUCAUGAUUGACACCUGGACUCAGACUGCGUUUUGGACAGAACUGCAUCUCCUGCAGAACUGGACAAAUCUGUAGCAGGGAAGUUUUCACACCUCAUCUCUGAAAAAACCAGAUAAGAUUCAGACUCACUUGAUUUUUCUGAUCCUCCAUGUGGUGCUUCUGAUUCUGUGAGUUUUAAAGUGCCUGAUGAGUAAAAUCAAGUGCAUCUGAUAACGUUCUUUUCUUUUCAUUAAGUAGUUUUGCUCAGUUUCUGGUCAGACUGGGAAUGUUGGCUCUUCCUCUAAUUAGCUGGUUUGACUGAAUGUCUGCAAGGCUGUGAUUCUUUAACCACUACAGUGAAUCACUGCAGUAUUAAACUAAGGUGUGCCUUGAGAUUGUAGUUACAGUCUUAUUAAAAAUGACGCUAUAUCAGUUGCAUUUAAUAAGCUUAUAAUGAUACAUCAGACUACUGUAUUGUGGAACGCUGCAGUUAGCAAAAGUCCACCAACACCACCAACAGUCAGAAAGCUGAUAUGCCUUGAAGUCUUGUUCUCUUAAUUGAUUUUUUUUUUUUUUAAUAACAGAUGGGGGUGUAAUAUGACCUCUGUAUACUAAAACACAAAGGAGUUAUACUUAAUUCAAGAACAUCAUUUUCCUAAUUAAUAUGCUAAUUUAAACAGCAAGAAGCUGCAAAAAUUAAUGAGAUUAUUGAUAAUUUCAGGGGACCCUGUGGUGCAGGUAUGAAGUUUCCAUUCUUUAAGUUUUUGUAUUCAGAAAACACGUGACAUUGUGAUGCAUGUAGCACAGAGGUGGACAAAUAUGGUGUGUGUUCUGGCAAUAAAACAGACGACACAUAGGUAAAAAAAUGAAACACAGAACAAGAACAGAGUGAAAAAGAACCGUGCAGAAAACAAUGAUCAGUGUUAAACGUGCAGCAGGAACAUUGAGAACCUCGGAUCUAAAGGACAAGGUGAAAUCAUGUUGUCACUGUGAGAGCGCUUUUCCUGUUGCUGAAACAUCUUCUGACAAUGUGACAACAGCGACUUCAACUCUCCUUUUGUGUCUCAGUGUAACCGAAGCUUCAGGUUCUGUUUUCUUGUCUACCGUCACUCUGUGUCGUAUGGCAGAGCGGCAGUACGUUUUGUAUCGUUUCAUGACAACGCAGUGAUAAAUAUCAUCGUCUCAGCCACAUUCGCCAACAAGUUUACUUGUUUCAUACUAGAAAUGGUAGUUUAUGAACUGUUCUGGACUGUUUGCAUUCGGAGAUUUUAACAACAAGUGAGAUUCUUUAAAGGUGCCCUGUUGAGUUUUCUUGUAAACAAAGUUCCUGUUGACUUUCAGUGUUUACUCACUAAAGCACACUGUGUACAUCCUGAAGGUCCAACAGACGUGAAACCUGCGUUGUUUACAUCCGUGUUUACUCGCUAGCAGGCGCAUGAUUGCAUUUCUUGGUGCAUUACUGCCCCCUGUAGAUCAGUGAAAUACUGUGUAAACAUUGACAGGAAUGUGUAUUGUGUGCACGUGCACCCUUGUGCAUGUGCACAAGAACAAACAAGAUGGGGACUCAUGUAAAAUAUUGCUCCAUAGUGCUGCUAGUGGUCAAUAAAUUCACAGGGUACAUUUUUAAAGUCAUGGUUAUCAGAGUUGGCUGACAUAUUUUGGCUGAAGGUUUAAAAUUGUUCUGUUUUGUUUUCCAGCCACUGGACAAAUUACCUGGUUUCAUGUUCUUCUAGCUCGGUUUCAUGAGUGAAGAACCUUUUGUGGUUUCCUCUUACUUUCAACAGCAGUUCCUGUGUUGUUAUACUAGUCAGUUAGUGGUGUUAAAACCCUCAACUUCACACUGUUUAACAAAAAUAACCCAAACCACUGAAUGUGUGUACUUGCAUGCAUGUAUCCAUAUACCUCCUUCCGCUGUAUUGGUUAUUUUCCGUGCCUGUAAGUUGCAUGACAGUUUCCCUCGUUCAGAGUCACAGGACAUCUUGUGCCAAACACAUAAUUCUACAUGUAGUGACACAACCGUUUUAAAGGUAAUAAAAUGGGCAGUUGAGCUUAUAAAAUGGUCAUAAUACUUCUCGUAUUUUUGCAUAAUGGUGAACUGAUGUAGCUCAGAUUUUAACUAACAACAGCACAAGUACAUUUUAUGUGCCUUGGCGUGCCAAAGCACCAGGACACCCUUUCUGAUUCAAAUGUAGCAAAAAUGGAUAAUGCAAAAAGCCAUAUUGUUAGAACAACCCAUCAGCAUCACUGCUACAUGUUGUUAAAAGCUGCACCGUCAGGUUUUAGGAAAGAAACACCCUGAACAUCACAUUUGAAAUGUCAUUGAUAACUGUGCAGCUUUAAAUGUAUAUGAUCUUAUAUCCAAUGAGAUUUGAGCAGAUUUUAAAGAGAUAAUGAACCUCAUGUCUACACAAUGCUCUUGUUACUUGGAGUUCAUUUCCAAAAACACUAUGACACUGCUUCCCUCAAAAAGUAAUCAUCUUAUUAUUUUCAAAGAUACAAACAAUCCAGUUUGUCUCUACUGUCCACAGCAAACAUCAGCUGUUUGAAAAUUGUGAUUGUUUCUUAUUUUCAAAUGGUGAAUAUGUUGUUUUUUGUCUUCUUCUAAUAACACUCUUCACUCUGCUUUUGGCUCCAUGUCACAAUGCCUUAUGACUGUAUUUUUUUUUCUUUUUUUUGUAUGUUUUUCAUGUUUUCAUACAUAUAGCUCUGACAGACUCAGGACAACAUCAAGGCUGAUAAAUUUAACAUAAUCAAGCAAAUGCAGACGGCUAACAAUUUUGUCUUCCACCUGCUGCUCUUUGGUACGAUCAGUCUGAUUCUGUGUAGCUCUGCUCUCCGAAAUCUACUUCAGUCGCCUGUAAAAGUUAACAAAAACGGGCCCAGUUUUGGUCCGUUUAUACACCACGUUGAAUAUUUUUGCACCAGCAUUUCUCUCUUUCUGUACCAGUAUGACUGUGAUUAUAAUUUUGCUGUGAAGGUACUGUUUUUUCUCUUUGUCAAAACAAUACAGGACCAAAACAAUAA